GUAUAAGUGACCUUGGGCCCUUCAUAUGGUGUCGAAUAUCCUGCAUUCUAGAUUAUGGAUGAGAUGAACAGUUGUGUAUUCACAAGAUCAGUGGAUCGCAGCGAAGACGACUCACCCCCUGUGUGUUUGGUAGAACUUAUAAAUUCCAAAACCAAAGUUACUGAAACUCAUGAAUCUACCGAACUCUCUAGUGGUAAAUCAAAUAUAACCUUGCAAGAAAACUCGGGUAGUAGCUGUAAAGUCGAGGAAAUUUGCCCAAUUAAAUCUGGCUCCUCAUCAAUUUCGUUUCACGACUUAAAGUCUGAAUCUCCUUUACCAGCCGUGACAUCUUCAGAUGACAAAAGUGAUAGUUUAUCAAAUACUCUUUCAUCGGAAAAUCAUCUACCUAGGUCAAUUGAUCUUGAAAACACUCACAUAUCAACUAGAAAAGAAUCGAGCUCACUUACUUCUAACCACCACGCUAGUAGGGAUGGUAAUGAAUCUCUAACUGGGGAAUAUUAUUUACAAUCUAAAGCGAAAAUGUCUACAUGUGAUCUCGAGGCGGAAGAUGAAGAUGACGUGGACCUCGAAGAUCGACCAUUAACCGUCGAUACUCAAGAAUCUGAUGAAGUAUUACUCAAUGAGUCUUCAAAAAAGACAAUUCUCAGUACAAACAACCCCGUAUGCACUAUAUCUCAUUCAGUGACUGAAGAGAAAGAGGAUCCUACCUCCAGUGUUACAACUGCAAGUAAAACGUCAUUUGUCGUAAUCCACAACACGCCAUCCGCCGUUGUAUGUUUGUCUUCACCAGCUUCGUCUUGCCAAUCUACACUUUCAGUUCAAAACUGCCAAUCUACUAGUGUUCCCAACAAAAAUUGCUCUUCAGAGGUACAUCAUACUAGUGCUCCUGUUGCUUUAGCAACUGUGGCUCCUAUAAGAAUGUCAUCUGUGGGGCCUGAUUAUAGCCUUUCAAAUGAAAUUUUAAGACCUAUUAAACCUGCUCCACAAGAUACCCAGACAAAUACGGUUAUAAGCAAUCAGGCCACUCCUCAGGCUGUUACAUCAAUAUUUCCUAGCAAGCAUGAAAUUGUUUUUACAACAUCAUCUGUAUCUUACAAUCCGAAAUCUAGUCAAAGCGGCACAAAUGAAAGACUUAGCUUUCCUUCUGUUAGUAUCACCAAACCUGCGUCUAUUGGCACAACUUCAGUCACAAUUUCUAUUGCUCCUACUAUUAACUCUUCUGUGAUUACUACGCACAGCACGCCAAGUAUAUUCAAUGUUAGAACACGUCCAACGGUCGCUCAGUCAGUACUUCCAGUGUUGUCUGUUGGUCCACAACCAGCUCCAUCUAUCACCACACAAACUUCUCUUUCAUCAUUACAAUCUCAAUCUACCGUACACUUUAUGCCUUUUGUCGGUAAUAUGCCUGUCACAAUGCCAGUUUCUGCAACAUCUACCGGUUUAAGAAAUGUUAUAAAUCACAACCAGGCUAUACCAAUUGCUGGUACACCAACUGCACCAUGCCCUCCGCUUCAAAUUUUCAACAUGACACCCAUGCCACAAUUUAUGGGUACUCCUAGUUAUGUGCUACAUCCUACUGGGCCAGUUGCGGGUGCAAACAGCUUCCAGUUUCCUCAAGGAUCAACACACUUGCUACCUGGAUUAUCAGGAACUGCGGGAGUCGGUGGGGCAACAUUCAAUUUUUUACAACCACAAAAUUAUCCGUCAACCAUCUUCCCUCAGCCUCCCACUAUACCUGAUCUACUCAUUGACCCACAAAAUCCUAUGGGUUUAGGACAUUCUGUUUUAACCCCACCUACAUCGAUCGCUCUCAUAAGUGCUAUAAAUAACCCUAGUUCAUCAUCCUUCACAUCAAUUUAUCCAACUCUUUUACAUCCACCCAACCAAAAUUUUUUCCCAACAUCAUCUACACAUUCUGGUCCAGUGUCCUAUCCAUAUUCAACUGCCUUAGCGGCUGGUACAAAUUUGGUGAAUGCAACUGCACCACAAAUGGCUACUUCCUUAGUUCCCGCUGCAGUUACAAACUUUCCAAAUAUCCAUAACUCAAACGAAACAAAUUUCAUGUUUCAAUCUGGACCGCCACAUGGUGCUUCUUUCAUUUCAAGUAAUUUCGCUCCGAAUCCGGGACAAUUGUUUCCGCCUUGUCAAUUCCCUACAUUUCCAAAUCUAUUUCAAACCAAUGAUAAUUGUUUAACUAAUACAUUUAUCUCAUCUAGUUUACCAACUGAUUUAACUUCUACUUGUGACACAAAAUCAUCUUUAAAUAUUAAUGGAAAUAGUCUUGGCGGUAAUAGUGGUACUUGUUUAUCAACUUAUUGGCCGUAUGUUAGUUCAAAUGAUCUAAUAAAUCCAACAUCUAUUGUUCAAGCCACCAAUUCAACUCAUCAAACAGAUUAUUUACAAUCUGUUAGUAAUAAUAGUUUAAAUGAUCGAAGUAAAAUGAACGAUGACAAUACAGACAAUAGUGGUAUUUUAAAUAAUCCUGAAAAUAUUAAUGGUGGGACUGCUACUACUACUACUACCACUAUUACCAUAAAUCCAUUAACUCAUGUACCAAUUAAUUCGUCAAUUAACAGUACGUUUACUACAAUAAAUACUACUACCACUACUAGUAUCACCUCUACGUUAGAUAAUAAUAGUAAUAAUGGUAAUCAUAACAAAACUAAUAUAGUCCCACUUAAUUCCUCGGCAACUGUCCUACCAGCUAUACGUCGUCGCCGUCGAUUAUUCGCACAAAAUGGUAUUAAACCAAUCACAAAUGUGAUUCAAAGUCCUUUUCUAAACCAUACUAAUUCCAUGAAUGAUGAGAGUAAUAAUUCUACUGUGGUGAAUUCUACUGGUGAUGAUGCAAAUAUUCCAACGGUAUCUGAUUCACAACAUUGUGCAAAUGUUAAUAAUAGUAAUGAUAAUGAUAAUAAUAAUAAUGAUAGCAGUGUUGAUAAUGAUGUUGAUGAUAUUAUUAAUAUUAAUAGUGAUUCUCUAACAACAUGUGACAAUGAAUUGAAACAAUCAGACACUAUGCAGUCGUACGAUAAAUUGACCCCUUUUACAAAAUCAUCAACUACCACAAUACUCAAUUUCAGGAGCGAUACGUUACAACAAUCUGUUGAAAGUGAACAAUUAUGUAAUCAGAUCUCUACUGAUAUUGAAUUUACGUCUAAAUUAUCGAAAGAAAUCCAACAAAAGGAUUCAGUAGAGUAUGAUGAUAUAACUAAGCUUCCUUCAUCAUCAUGUGCUACUUUUAUCAGCAGUUCCUUAAUAAUGACAACCAUAGUGACAACGCAACUAAUGCCAACUUUGUCAACCAUCAGCAUGACAUCAAAUACAACAAUUACUCCUUCACAAAUGAUUACUACUUCCUCUGCGAUCAGCCCAGAUUGUCGAACAGUAGCCUUAGAUGCAACCAAAAGUCCUGAUCUUAAUCACAAUGUAAAUGGUUCAGUUUCUUCAACUUCUCUACCAUUUUCACCUUCAAAUGCUGAUAAUAAUAAUAAAUUGGUAUACAAGAACUCAGAUCUUUUACAAAAUGAAAAUAAAGUGAUAUCAGUUGGAAAAUAUGAUGACAAAGAAGCAGCAAAAGAUGCCGUUAAUAAUCAAAUGAAAUCACCGAUCAAUAGCACUUUACUAGUAAAUAAUGAUAUUGAUAAUAGUAGUGAUCAGAAAAAUUCAAUUAAUGCAAAUUAUUCAAAAUUAUUAAGCACAGCUUGUGUUAGUAGUAGUGGUAGUAGUAAUAGUAUUAACGCUAGUAGUACAACAUGUUCUAAAUUGAAAUCAGCAAUAACGCCUUUUGAAUUUCCUCCUCCACCUGUAAUUAUCGGUCCUGAUGAUCGACGUAUAUUAACUCAUUAUAUUGAUGGACAUAUUAUUUAUGAAAGUGAUAAACCAUUUCCAGUGAAAAAUGGUAUGAUAGUGGUUGAAACAGCUCUUAUGAAACAGCAACAGUCUUGUGUAGUCAGCUCUACCAAUUCACCACUUAAGACUUUCAUCAUGAAUGGUUAUGAAGACAGAAUAAUGAAUAAUAUCAAAUCACCUACAACUCCAUCUUUCUCAUCAUUGAAAACAACAGCUGUAAAACCUGUUGAUAACUGUGAAUCCGAGGCGUUUAUAGCUACUUCUUCAUCUAGAUUACCUAUUCAAGAUGUUGGUGGCUGUGGUAGUAGUUGGAUUAACCCACUGAAAGUGUCAAAUUCAUCAUCACUGUCUAUUGUAGACAAGUAUACGAAUCAUCCAGGAUCAAUUGUUACGUCUAAUUCCCCCUGUAUGUUGUUACAUUAUGAAACUCGACGUCGUAAACCAUCCAAUGAACAACCAUUGUACAACGAUAUUCAUGAUGAAAAUGACUGUAAGUUUUCUUCUUUCCUCUAGCUCACAUUUGUUUGCCUCAUCAGUAAAUAACAAAAUUAAAUGAUUUCAAACGCAGUACAUUUUAGUGAAACAGUAAGGAUGAACCUUGUAUACUGUUAGCGCUAUGAAGGUUAAUAGUGAUCUCGGUUAUUAUAAAGAGGAAUCGUAGUCAAAAGGAAUAGCUACUUGUAGCUAGUCAUAUAAAUGACGUCCUUAUGAGUAGUUUAUUGUGUGCUAGCUCUAUUUUCUUAACGCCUCAUCAUGGGUAUCGGAUAUCUAUGAGGAGUGACUAUAUAAGCUAUUGUAUUGAACAAAAUCAUACACUGUAUUUGUAAAAUAUGAAAACAAUAGAUUGAAUACACCAUUUGCAUGCCUUCCUUGAAUUGUCUCUUACAAAUUCCAUCGCCCUUCCAUUCCUGUUGCUACUCGGACUUUAUUUAUUUAUUUAUUUAUGUGAACACAAAUAUUGUUACAAAGGGGCACUGAAUACAUAUGCGCCACACAAGUCACUUGAUUUGUGUAUGGGCUAUGAUACUUCCCGGAUGCCCAAACCGAAGCACGUGGUGUUCUUGGGGGCCACACCCUGAGCCUUUGGCCUCAAGGUCAUGGAACAACGUCAGAAGAUGCAGUCCCAUGGUAGUCGGUGACCAACAAUUGAUUCUCACGCCAUUUGUUUCUUCAGGAUUCUGAAGCCCAUGUGCACCCUUGGUUUGGAAUCAGGGUUUUCCGUAUCCCCUAGGUGGAUCCUCCAUAUCCACCAACCCGGUUAAAGAGCCGGUCAUUCGCUUUUCUUUUCAAUUUCGUAAACAACAGUAAUACCACGAGAAGGCAGUGAGUAGGACUUCCCUGGCAGUAGCUUUAUACGCAUGGCCAUGUGAGAGCAUUUCUUGAGUGAGUGCUGACUCUCCUCACCCUCGGCCUCUUGUUUCUCUGCAUAAUUAACACACAAGGUGGUACUAGACUACAUUAUUGUUUGAUUUUUAGUUCAUUUUCAUCACCGUUUUUAACAUCAAAUGAAAAACCACUGAAAGAUCAAGAAGCAGUGGACAGUUGUUUCACUUUAAAACCAGGCGAGUGGUUGAAAACGCAAAACGUUAGACCUCACUCUUAGAAUCCUAUGAUCCGUAUUCUCUAAUUCAGUCAAUUUUCUAUCCAUAGCAUGACAUCAUCCAGUACCGUUGAUAGACGAUUACUAGACACUGCUUUACUUGGUUAAAUUGUACCAGCUUAUUAUUUCUCACUAGAACUUCGGUAGUUCAUCUCUCGAGGUCAGUCACCAGUUAAUGAGCUUACAAUUAAUGUUUGGUUGAGGCAAGUUAGUGAAGAUUAGUUUCAAAUGAUGACCAUUAAAAUUCAUUAAUGAUUUGUUUAAAUUCAUUUAUUCAUUCCUAGCAUCAAAAACCAAUCAUUAUCAUCAACCCACACAAGGAAUUUUAGCAUCAUAUCCCCAUUCUACUAUAUUGUCUUUAGCUAAUCGUAAUUCGGCUAGUGUGGUUUACACUCAAUCACCAAUUGUAUCAAUUCCUAGUCGAAAUGAUAGACAAUCAUCUUCUGAUAUGAAAGGAGGAAAUGAACCAACUGUCAUAGAUGGUAAAUCAAUUGAAAGUUAUUCACAUCACUCCUUGAUCUCACAAUAUCAGAACACUGAAUCUUCAAUAUCGCUUAGCAAACCAUUAAAUGAAAUCCAGUCCAGUUCUGGAAUUAUGACUGGAUUAACUUCCACUGCAUUCAAUCAAUCUACAUGUCAACAACGAACACCAAGUAUUGCCCAAGCAAUGUAUGGUAUAUCUCAAACAAUUACACCAUCACCUGGACUAUUAACACCUAAUCCACCACCGAAAGGUCCAAUAUAUAAAUGGACUCCUGAUGAUGUUGUUGCAUUUGUUCGUGGUACACCUGGUUGUGGAGCAUAUGCAUCGGCAUUUUUAAAUAAUGAAAUAGAUGGUGAAGCAUUAUUAUUAUUAGCUGAAGAUCAAUUUAUUCAACCACCGAUUGGUAUGAAAAUAGGACCAGCACUAAAAUUAGUUGCACGAUUAGAAUCUUUAAAGAAUUGUUGUUGAUGACAUUAUUUAGUUGGAUAACAAUCCGGAAUCUACACAUAGACACAGAUUUAUUUCUAUACAUAUAUUUUAUGCUGACUUAUUUAAACUUGAUACUCUUAAUUUAAGUUAUCACCUCUCUCUCUCUCUCUCCAUUGAAACAGUACACUCUUCUUCAUUCUAUAUAUUUAUAUUUCUUUCCGGUGAUAUUUAUCAUUCAAUGUAUGUAAACUUACAUCAGUUUCUCAUUUGACUUUCUUUUUUUUUCCACAACAUAGAGCAUUUAGCCUAAUCAAUCAAUUCAUAAAUCAUAUAUUACUAUUAUUAUUAUUGUAAAUAAGUAAACACAGCAGAAUGAUGAACAGAUAGUGCUUUGUUCUCUUUCUAUCUAUCUGUAUGUAUAAGUGGCAGCAGUAUUAUCUGGCAUCAAUUCAUAGAUGACAAUGACGUAAUGAUAUUCAUCUAUUUCAAUUAAUAAUUCACUUGUUCUUAUUGUUUAUUUGUAAAAGUAUUUAUUCACUGACUAUUAUUAUUUAUUAUUACUGUUUUACCCUGUUGUUGUCGAUUGUUACCUUCUUCAAUACAAUAAUUUCAUAUAUCAUGUAUACGUAUAUUCAUUAAAUAAAAUUUGUUUUUAUUAC